UCCAAAAAAAAAAGCACCACACGAAAUGGGCAUUGUUCUAUUCUCCGUCGUUAAUGUCUUCCUUGGCCUUGUCGUCUUGGCUCAUGGCCAGGGCACCAGGAUCGGGUUCUACUCCAGGACGUGCCCUAACGCCGAGUCCAUCGUACGGACGACCGUGGCGUCUCAUUUCACUUCCGACCCGAGGAUCGCACCUGGUUUGCUCAGAAUGCAUUUCCACGACUGCUUCGUCCAGGGUUGCGAUGGCUCGGUCCUUAUCUCUGGUCCUAACACCGAGCGAACCGCCGGUGCAAACCUCGGCCUUCACGGGUUCGAUGUGAUCGACGACGCCAAGACUCGGCUUUUGGGCGCUGGCCCCGGCGUCGUCUCAUGUGCCGAUAUCUGGGCCCUAGCCGCUCGUGACUCCGUCGUCAUCACGAGAGGUCAAAGUUGGCAAGUCCCAACAGGACGUAGAGACGGAAGGGUUUCGUUGGCAUCGAACGUCAACAAUCUCCCAGCUCCGAGCGAUCCCGUCGCCGUUCAACUUCGCAAGUUUGGUGCUUUCGGUCUCAAUAUCCGUGAUCUCGUCGCUCUCGUUGGAGGGCACACGAUAGGGACGACGGCUUGCCAGUUCUUCAGGAACAGACUCUUCAACACGACCGGAAGCACUGCGGAUCCGACCAUUGACGCGACCUUCUUACCUCAGUUACAAACUCUUUGUCCUCAAAACGGCGACGGUUCGAGAAGGGUGGACCUCGACACCGGAAGCGCAAACACCUUCGACACGUCCUUCUACAACAAUCUUAGGACCGGCCGUGGAAUCCUCCAGUCCGACCAAAGCCUCUGGAAUGACCCCUCGACCAGAGCCGUUGUGCAACAGUUCUUGAGCCCGAGAGGGAGUUUCAACGCUGAGUUUGCGAGGUCGAUGGUCAAGAUGAGUAAUAUUGGGGUGAAGACAGGGGCAAAUGGGGAAAUUCGGAGAGUUUGCUCCGCCGUUAAUUAAUCAAAAUUAAGCAUUGAUUAGUGAAGAAUUAUCAUAUUCCUUACCCCUAUUCCAUUAUAUAGCUAGUUAUAUAGUUUUUUUUCAUGGUUAGCUCAAUAAGAUUCACGCCAUUGUCAGAGAGGAAACCCAUGUGACAGUUAUGGAAAUUGUACCUACGUUUAUUUGUCUCUGUUUGUGCAGUGGGUAUUAAUAAUCAAAUAAAUUGUGUUUGGUUCAAA